GCCCAAAUCCAUUGCCCUUCCUCGCCUCCCGCAGUCGAUCUCUCCGGCGACGGCAUGAUUUCUCCGGAGACGAGUCCGCCGAGGUCAUCCUCGCAGAGCCCUAGAUCUCCGCCAGCGGCGCCCUUCCUCUAUAUAUCCGUCACCGAACCCGUCAAGUUAGGCAAUGGCGUCCAGGCCUACAUCUCCUAUCGCGUUAUCACUAGGACAAAUCUUCCUGAAUUUCAAGGGCCAGAGAAAAUUGUCAUUCGCCGGUACAGUGAUUUUGUGUGGUUGCAUGAUAGACUAGCUGAAAAGUACAAAGGAAUAUUUAUUCCUCCCCUUCCAGAGAAGAGUGCUGUAGAGAAGUUCCGUUUCAGCACUGAGUUUAUUGAGAUGAGGCGUCAAGCACUGGAUAUAUUCAUAAAUCGAAUAGCUUCUCACCCUGAACUGAAGCAAAGCGAGGAUUUGAGGACCUUUCUGCAGGAAGAUGAAGAGACAAUGGAGAGAGCAAGGUCCCAGGAGACUGGUAUUUUCAAGAAGCCUGCGGAUUUGAUACAAAUUUUUAAGGAUGUGCAAACAAAAGUAAGCGAUGUGGUCCUUGGAAAGGAGAAACCAGUGGAAGAGACGGACCCUGAGUACGAGAAGCUAAAGCACUAUAUCUUUGGUCUUGAAGACCAUCUAGCAGAGACACAAAAACAGGCUUUUCGUCUUGUAAAGAGGCACAGAGAACUGGGACAGUCAUUGUCUGACUUUGGGAAGGCUAUGAAGCUCUUAGGUGCCUGCGAAGGAAAUUCUCUUGGAAAGGUUUUUUCAGAGCUUGGUGCAAAGUCAGAGUUGUUAUCGAUAAAGUUACAGAAGGAGGCUCACAACCUUUUAAUGAAUUUUGAAGAACCCUUAAAAGAUUAUGUGCGAGCUGUACAGUCUAUUAAGGUUACUUUUGCUGAUAGAGCUAAUGCUUUCAGACAGCACUGUGAGUUGGCUGAAACAACCAAGCUAAAGGAGAUCAACCUAGACAAAUUGAACCUUAUGCGCUCAGACAAGGUUAGAGAAGCCGAAAUGGAGUACAGGGAGCUGAAAUCAGAGAGUGAACAAGCAACCAGAAGAUUUGAGACAAUUGUUAGGUUGAUGAACGAAGAGAUAGUGCGGUUUCAAGAACAGAAGACUGCAGACAUGGGACUUGCCUUCCAUCAAUUUGCCAAGGGACAAGCAAAACUUGCUAAUGACAUAGCAGACGCAUGGCGCAGCGUCCUACCCAAGAUCGAAGCAUGCUCUGUUUCCUCACAACAUGGCUAGCUCAUGUUGUUCCACUUUGUGGUACUACGUGUUCGGUGGUUGGUACAAGGAAGAAUUUGAGAACUUGGAACAGUGUAAUAGCUCGUGUGUUACUAUUUUGACUGUGUUCUCUCUC